AUGCCCCAGGUCACGACCCUCGUCGAGGCAGCAGGAAUAACCUCCUCUCUUUUCGUCUCCGGAGCCAUGCUUGCCUUCUCUGCUGGUGGCGUGAGCACCUGUAAAUUAGCCACGAAACAGUCUCCUGGUUUGGCUGCGAAGCAAUGGCUGAAGGUCUUCAACAGAUGCCAUCAUAUUGGCACACCCAUGAUCGUUUUCUCUGCAGGAUGUUUUGCAUGGCUUAGGUAUCAGACAAAUGAGAACCAUUUUCUUGCCGCUGCUACUUCUUGUAUGUGCAUCGUGCCCUACACUAUUGUCUUCCUGCGUGGACCUGAGGAGGUUCUUUUCCCUGCUGCAAGUAUGGAGGAGAAGACAAAAAUCAGCCCUUGCUCCGAUGAUGUUGAAAGAGCUCUUGAUCGAUGGGGAUGCUUGAAUCUGGUUCGCAGUUUGUUUCCUCUGGUGGGUGGUGUGACUGUUCUGCUCACUAAGAUCUAG